GCGGGACCGGUGCAGGCGGGCAGCCGGGUGGGCGAUGGCGGGGGCCGCAGCGGGCGGCAGAGGCGGAGGUGCAUGGGGUCCGGGUCGCGGAGGGGCCGGAGGACUCAGGCUGGGUUGCUCUCCCCCAGUCCCCUCCGGUUCCUCCCGGGCUGGGCUGCAGCCGCUCAGGGCAACGGUCCCUUUCCAGCUGCAGCAGCCUCACCAGCGUCGGGACGUGGGUGGCCGCGCAGCCAGUGUCCCGGGUGCGGUGGCCCCAGAAAAGUCAGUGUGUAGGCCUCAGCCACCCCAGGUCCGACGUACAUCCUCCCUGGACACCAUUCUCAGCUCCUACCUUCUGGGCCAGUGGCCACGUGAUGUUGAUGGGGCCUUCAUCUGCUGUACCAAUGACAAGGCCACCCAGACCCCUCUGUCCUGGCAGGAACUCGAUGGUGAACGGACCAGCUUCUGUAUACACAAGCGCUCAGCAUCCUGGGGCAGCACAGACCACCGAAAAGAGAUCAGCAAGUUGAAGCAACAACUGCAGAGGACAAAGCUGAGCCGCAGCGGGAAAGAGAAGGAGCGCGGGUUCCCGCUGCCAGGAGACCAUGCUGUGAGGGGAGUACUACGGGCGUCCCCUCCCAGCUUCCCCUCAGGGACCCCUGUCCUGCGGCUCAGCCCUUGCCUGCACAGGAGCCUGGAAGGACUUAACCAAGAGCUGGAGGAGGUGUUUGUGAAGGAGCAGGGGGAAGAGGAGCUGCUGAGGAUCCUCGAGGUCCCAGAUGGGCACCGUGCCCCAGCUCCUCCCCAAAACGGCAGCUGUGAUCAUCCCCUUCUCCUCCUGGAGCCGGGUAACCUUGCCAGCUCUCCCUCCAUGCCCCUGGCAUCGCCCCAGCCCUCUAGCCCUACCAGCCAUGAGGACCACCAGGAUGCCAUGGAGGAGCUGGCAUCCAUGCCCAACGACAAGGCAUCCUCUCCAGGCUGCCCAGCCUUCCUUGAAGACCGCAGCCCGUCUCCGGUCCUUGCCUUCGCCGCUUCCCCUCGGCCCAAUCACAGCUACGUCUUUAAACGGGAGCCUCCAGAGGGCUGCGAGAGAGUGCGUGUGUUUGAGGAGGCCACGUCCCCGGGGCCUGACCUGACCUUCCUGACUUCCUGUCCAGACAAGAACAAAGUCCACUUCAAUCCGACCGGCUCGGCCUUCUGCCCUGUAAGCUUGAUGAAGCCCCUCUUCCCUGGCAUGGACUUCAUCUUCCGCAACUGCCCCUCCAGCCCGGGUUCCCCGCUGCCCCCUACCAGCCCCAGGGCCACGCCUCGGAAGGAGCCAGAGGCCGCCAAGGCCUCGCCACUGCCCUUCGAGCCAUGGCAGCGCACGCCACCAUCUGAAGAGCCCGUGCUAUUCCAAAGCUCCUUGGUGGUCUGAGGGUACCACCGCCCACCCCGCGCCCCCGCCACUCACCGCAGAGACCAGUGCCUUGGUGGCAGGCCCCUUGCGAGCUCCCCUGCUGUGGGGGAGGGAGGAGCUCUUCCCUCUCGGCCUUGAGCACUUUGAUUUACUGUGUCAAAGCCUUGGGUCCUCUCUCCGUGAACACCGGCUCUCCUCAGGCGAGGGAGCCUGCCUUCUCCACUAGCGGCCCAGCAGCCUCGCAGGGCUGUGGACCUGCUGUUUUUCUCACUUGACAGAAGAUUUGCCCAGAAGGCCUUGUGUACCCCUGCACUCCCCCACCCAGGGGUGUGAGUCCAAAUGACUGUAUAGGCGGCCCCUGUUCCUGUCAUGGAGCAAGCUGGCCAUGAGCAAAGGAGAGGGGAUAACACACAUCUCCCCCCUCCUCCUCCCCCUCUUCCCCUUCUGACAUGGAAGAGAGGGGCUGAAGAUAGACGACCCCUCCGCAGGCCUCCCUCUGGCCAGAGGGGCUGACCAAAGCUGCCCCUGCGGGGCCCAACACUUAACCAAUGCCGCUGCUGGUACAGGGGAAGCAGGUGUUUCGUCCCAUGUGACAUUCUCAUCUCGCUCUCACCCUGACUCAAGAUUGUCUUAAGCAGCAGCCUAACCCCGGGCGGGUGGUGGGCAUGGGGAGAACUGGCAUUCUUCCCAGUGGCGAACGGCCACUCUGCCCCCUCCACCAGGCUCAGGGCUGGGCUGGAUUAGAAAAAUGCCUAUUUUUCUCGUAUCGAUGUAGAAACUCUAUUUUCUCCCAAAGACACUAUUUUUGCAGCUGUUUGAAGUUUGUAUAUUUUCCGUACCGCAGAGCUUAUACAAAAUGGAAGAAUGUUCAUGUUCGAAGUUCCUCACCUUAUGUUUAGAAGUUUUUAUUUUGUUUUUGGCAGAUCUUGAUGUUAAUAGACAAAAUAAAUAAGUGUUCCCAGCA